AUGGCAUCUCUCACAGCCCGUUUGCUCGGUGCAGCCUUGGUGACUGGUUCUGGGGGGACAGGCAUUGGUAAUGCUGUUGCGAGAGGCCUUGCUCGCUCAGGCUGUACAAAGAUUGCUAUAACAGAUAUUGACGCCAAAACGCUACAAAAAACCAAAGACGAUAUAUUAUCUAUUGACUCUUCCAUCGAGGUGUUCAGUGCCGCCGGAGAUAUCGCAGACGAGGCCUUUGUCAAUUCAUUCACUGACGAAGCGUUUUCGAGGUUCUCUCGACUUGACUAUGGCGUAAACUGUGCAGGUAUUUUAGGAGAGAAACCUGUGAAAGCAAUAGACAUGCCGAUGGACGCAUUUGACCGCUUGCACAACAUUAACUAUCGUGGAUCGUGGCUGAGUUCUCGCGCGCAGCUGAGAAAUAUGCUCAAACAAUCUCUACCCAAUAAUGCGGUGCAACGAGGUUCCAUCGUCAACAUCGCCAGUCAAUUGGGAGUUGUUGCACGGCCAGGGGCAGCUGCGUACUGUGCUUCAAAGGCGGCCAUUAUCAACAUGACCAAAGCAAAUGCGAUCGACUACUCUACGGAUGGUAUUCGUGUAAACUGUGUGUGUCCAGGAGUUAUCGAGACGCCAAUGACACAAGGAUCCCCAGAGAUGAGAGAAGCCUUGAAGCCUGCUAUCAACAUCGCCCCAAUGAGGAGGAUGGGUACACCAGAUGAAGUUGCUAAUGCGGUCCUGUUCUUAUGCUCACCACAGGCUUCAUUCAUUCAAGGUCAUGCACUAGUUGUAGAUGGUGGCUACACAAUAAAUUAA